AUGUGACAUGACCCAGGCAGACUGUAUCAACACCGCCCGCUUCCGCAUCCUGUGACUCGGUCAGCUUUGCUCAGUUCUGCCUCCUGUCUCACAGAAGCAGAGCCAUGCGCCCCACACUCCUCAGCCUCCUGAGUCUGGGAUUCUGUGUGAGUCUGAGGAUCUGGCCAGCUGUGGGUAAAUAUGAGAAGCUGUCUUUGUCCGCCUGGCCAAGCCCCGUGGUUCCCUUAGGACAGACUGUGACACUUCGCUGUCACUCCCGUUCUCCACUUAAGAGAUUCAUACUGUUCAAAACAGAUGGGAGAAGGCGUUUGCCUGUGCUCCAGGGACGUUAUGUCAACAACUUCAACCUUGGCCCUGUGACCAGAGAACAUGCCAGGUCCUACACGUGUUCUGGAGCCUACUGGUCUGCACACAGUGACCCUCUGCAGAUUGUGGUCACAGGUGUGUUCACAAAACCCUCCAUCUCAGCCCACCCAGGGCCCCUCGUGCAGCGGGGAGAGAAUGUGACCCUCCACUGUCACUCAUCGGUGGUGUUUGACAAGUUUAUCCUGCACCAGGAAAGCAGUACAGGGCAUUUACAGAGACGUGGAGAGAUGCUCACUGGUGGGCAUGCCGCAGCUGACUUUGUCAUUGGCCCCAUGACUUUGGCGAGUGCGGGCACCUACAGAUGCUACGGCUCUCUCAGUGGCUCCCCCUAUGAGUGGUCAGCCCCCAGCGACCCCAUGGACAUUGUCAUCACAGGUCUGUCCAAGAAACCCUCUCUCUCAGCCCAGGGGGGCCCCGUGGUGAGGUCAGGAGAGAACGUGACCUUGGUCUGCAGCUCCGAGAGAGCCUUUGACCAGUUCCAUCUGCUCAUGGAGGGUGAGGACCUUGGGCGACUACUCGCUGGAGGGCGGGGCCACCACGGAGCCCUCCAGGCAGAGUUCCCUCUGGGUCCUGGGACCCCGGCCCACAGCGGGAUCUACAGGUGCUACGGCUCUUUCACUCACUCUCCCUACUUGUGGUCAGACUCCAGCGACCCACUGUUCCUGUCUGUCACAGGAUCCACUACAAGUACUUGCCCAUCAUCCAUGGAACCACACACCACAGAAGAAGCACAGCUUCCUCAAGCACACUCCAGCACAUGGUACAUUGUCCUUGGGCUCAUCAUAGCCUUCACCUCUACCAGCAUCAUCCUCACUGCUCUUGUCUAUCACUGGUGUUCUACCCAAAAUCAUGUUGCUAUCAUGGAAGGAGAGCCCAAGGAAGACAGAACAGUGAAUGACGAGGACCCAACAGCAGAGGAUGUGAUAUUCGUCCACUUGAACUACAGGACCCUCUCUGAGAUACUGUUCACUCCCACUCCCCUGAGCCCCAUGCACUUCUUCACCGAGACCAGUAUCUAUGAGGAAUUCGAUGUAAACCAAGACCAUGCUGACCCUGACCUGGCCCCAUCCUUUGAGCACACAGAGUGUUAUAAAUUGAAGAGCUAGAUCUCUUUUUAGAGGGGUUCCUCCGUGGGCACUCCUUCUCCUCCUCCAAAGAGGCCAACAGCUCUGCAGUCAAGAAUGGAUUCCAAGAAUUAAAGGAUAGUCUUCAAAACUCCCACGAAAUCUUAGUAAUCCCCUGGCUAUUCUAAUACUCUAUUUUAACUAUGUAACCUUCUGGGGGAAGUUAUUCUUAUCAAUUGUACAUACUGGGUAGGUUACCAUGAUCAUCCUACCUUUUUGAAAAUUCCAGUAAAGCAUAAAAAUUGCAAGUUGAUUCUUCAAAUUAUUCAGUUUAAAAUAAAAGAAAGCCUUU